AUGUCCCAGCGGGUGCGGCGCAAUGGGUCCCCCACGCCGGCCGGCUCCCUCGGGGGCGGUGCGGUCGCCCCGGCCGGGGGAGCUGGGAGUCGCCUGCAGCCCAUGAGGGCGACGGUUCCGUUCCAGCUGAAGCAGCAGCAGCAGCAACAUGGCAGCCCCACGCGGAGCAACGGCGGCGGCGGCGGCAACAACGGCGGCGGCUGCUGCGGUGGCGGCUCAGGCCCCUCGGGCGGCAGCGGCGGCGGCGGCCCCCGCACCGCUUCACGCAGCACAAGCCCCACGCGCGGCGGCGGGAGUGCGACCGCGCGGACCAGCCCCACGGUGGCCACGCAGACGGGCGCGUCCGCGACGUCCACGCGAGGCACCAGCCCCACGCGCGGCGCCGCGCCCGGGGCUCGCGGGAGCCCCCCACGGCCGCCGCCUCCGCCGCCGCUGCUGGGUACCGUGUCGUCGCCCAGCUCGUCGCCCACCCACCUGUGGACCGGCGAGGUGAGCGCGGCCCCACCCCCAGCCCGCGUCCGGCACCGGAGGAGGUCCCCGGAGCAGAGCCGGAGCUCCCCGGAGAAGAGGAGUCCGAGCGCCCCGGUCUGCAAAGCAGGUGACAAAACACGACCGCCUUCUUCAAGUCCUUCUAGUAUUAUUCGUCGCACUUCCUCCUUGGAUACACUUGCUGCUCCAUACCUUGCAGGGCACUGGCCUCGUGAUAGUCAUGGACAGGCUACACCUUGCAUGCGGGACAAAGCUACUCAGACAGAGGCUGCAUGGGCUGAAGAAUAUUAUGAAAAGAAGAAAGGAUCUCAUAAGCGUUCAGCUUCAUGGGGCAGUACAGAUCAACUUAAGGAGAUUGCAAAAUUACGCCAACAGUUGCAGAGAAGUAAACACAGCAGUCGGCAUCAUCGAGAUAAAGAACGACAGUCUCCAUUCCAUGGCAACCAUGCAGCUAUUAACCAGUCUCAGGCUCCUGUUCCAAAGAGUGCACUUAUUCCAGUACUUCCCAUCACCAAAUCGACAGGCUCUCGGUUCCGGAAUAGUGUGGAAGGUUUGAAUCAGGAGAUUGAGAUAAUAAUUAAAGAGACUGGGGAAAAAGAAGAACAACUUAUACCGCAAGAUAUUCCAGAUGGCCAUCGUGCUCCUCCCCCGCUUGUACAGAGAAGCAGCAGCACACGCAGCAUCGACACACAGACACCUGGUGGUGCAGACCGGGGAAGCAACAAUAGCAGCCGCUCUCAGUCUGUGUCUCCCACAUCAUUCCUCACCAUCUCCAAUGAAGGUAGUGAGGAGAGUCCUUGUUCUGCUGAUGACCUGCUUGUUGAUCCCAGGGAUAAAGAGAAUGGAAACAACUCUCCUUUACCCAAAUAUGCAACUUCACCAAAACCUAACAAUAGUUACAUGUUCAAAAGGGAACCUCCUGAGGGCUGUGAAAGAGUCAAAGUCUUUGAGGAAUGCUCGCCAAAACAGCUUCAUGAAAUCCCAGCCUUCUACUGUCCUGACAAAAACAAAGUGAAUUUCAUUCCUAAAAGCGGCUCAGCUUUCUGCCUCGUCAGCAUCCUCAAGCCACUCCUUCCCACACCAGAUCUUACCCUCAAGGGCUCUGGCCACAGUCUGACAGUCACCACUGGCAUGACAACCACUCUGCUACAGCCAAUCGCUGUGGCCUCCCUGUCUACAAACACAGAGCAGCAAGACCGGGUCUCUCGAGGAACAAGUACAGUCAUGCCAUCAGCCUCUCUCCUUCCACCCCCAGAACCAAUUGAGGAAGCUGAAGGGUAGGCCCCAGUGCUGUGUGUCCAUUGUCCUGGAAAACUGAGAACCUGCUCAGACGACUUGACUGUAACGGCAUCAUGCACUCCCACUUGGCUGUGAUGUGUUCCAGCUUGCCAUGGUGUGACUUCUGGAAGAAAGCAACCCCUCUGAAGGCUCACUCAAGAAAGCCAGUCCUUAGUGCUUAGCCUGCUUUUUCUUUAAGCACUGAUCAGAACAAGGAAAAUCUCUUUACUUUUGGAGCUGAGUAUUCCAUUGUUGGUUUUUGCUUUGUUUCAUUUUGAAAUGAGACUUCUUAAGAGAAAAACAAACUGACCCCUGCAAACCUGAUUCCUGAAGGGAGACGUGAAUGAUGCUGCAAGAACCAUCUUUUAUAUGAAAAUGACUAUUUUAUAAUACCAAUGUUACAUUUUCUGAAACGUAGCAAACAGGAUGUUCAAAAGAUUCUUUGGUGGCCUCUUGUUUCUUGUUUCCCUUUUAGAUACGUGCUUUUCCAGCUGUUUUCAGCAUUGGGACCAAAGGGAUUGUUGACAUUUUCCCAGCAAUCUUAAUCUUAUGACUAUGUUCUUCUCCCAAACAAGAAUUGAUAGGUAAAUGCAUUGAAUACGUAUAUAUGUAUAAAAAAGAGAGAAAAAAGCAAUAUUAGUACAUUAUGUGAUUUAUGUUUUUUUGAUGUCCAAAGUUUGUGCAUUGGGUGAAAUUGUAAAAACUGCUGUUUCUCCUGUACACAUUUCGCCACGUGGUCAGAAAAAUUGUAGUCUGAAGACAAGUGCUUUAAUGUUCUCACUCGUCAUUGGAACUCGGUGAAUGAGUCAAAAGGAAACUACCCAGUGUUGAUUGCUAACUAAGAGUAAAGAGCCCCUUUGGUUUUCUGUGAAAUAAUGAUCACAUGAUCUCCCUUCUUUACUACAGGUGUCAUUCUAUCUUGAAUCAUCACUGUAUCAUAGUCCCAAGAGAUCCUAAGAUGGCUAUGCAUGGAUUUCCUCCUUUGCUUUUGUGAUGUUGUUGUCUUGUGGAUUUGGUCAGGGUUAGUAGUUUGCCAGGAGUGUAAUCCAUUGAAUAGCAAUCCGUAGACACAAAAUCUUGCAGCUGACAUUUUCUUUAUGGUGGUUGGCACUGAGAUGUUUUGCCUACAAAUACUGCUAAUUUUCCUUCCAAUAUACAUGAUGGGGAAAGCAGACAAGAAGAGCCUUGGAGCAGAAUUAAUGGGAACACUUGAAAGAUCCAUAGAGUUUUGGAUUUGGGCUCAUCCUAAUACAGAUUACUGCCAGUAUCAUAUGGCAACAGUAUUUCCUAUUACAGUUUGUGGUGGUAAAACUAAGGAACAAUUCUUUUUAAUAAUGAGUUUCAGCAAGUGGUGUUGAUAAAGAGCAUCUUUCUGAGAUCUUCAUAUCCUAUAUUGUGAUGCAAUAAUUUAAUGUUCCUAUUCAUACUAUAGGGAGAAAAAAAUUAAUGCUUACAAAAGGGAUACAGUUUAGAAAGUUAUCAUGUUAUUUUGUCCAGAUAUAUUCCAUAAGAGAAUAUCUACUGGUAGCAUAAAUCUUCUACAAGGAUUUCUUAUACUCAUGCACCUAUAAGACAUCUAAAUAAUUGAAAAUAUUCCCUGCUAGGUUUAAAAUGAAGUAGUCU